AUGUCAUAUGAACAAAUUCUUAAAACUUUGUCUUUUGAAUCACUUGAACCAGAACUUAUUUUCCACGAAAGUAUCAAGUUAAAAUUAUGGACUGGUGUUGAAGAUAAAGAAGUUAAGAAUUUUUUUGAUGCAAUCGAACAUUCUUUGAAAGAUAAAACACUUGAAAAACAAAAAAUAGAAAAACUUCUGCAUCUUAACAAAACACCAACUGAAAUUAAACGAAUCCUAAAUGGAGAAUGUUCUGUUGAAGAGCGUAAUGUUUAUCAAGACAUUUAUGAUAAUUUGAACGAAUUAGUUUCAGAGUAUGAUGAUAACGAUUGUGAUUCAUUGAGUUUGGAAGUUGUAGAUGUCACCUCCAAGUGGGCAAAAAAACUUAAAGAUGCCACGGUUAAUUUUGCUAAAUGGUCUGAUUGGCUAGAAUCAAAUGUAAAGCAACUUUUAAUAGUGCAAGAAAAUCGUGAAUACAAAGAACUGACUUUUUGA